AUGAUGCAAAGUGCUGAUAAGAAACUUUGGAGACCAAUGUGGAUUCCAGAUGAACAAGAAGAUAAAUGUUUAAAUUGUUCAUCUCAAUUCAAUACUUUAUUAAGACGUCAUCAUUGUAGACAAUGUGGUAAUAUAUUUUGUAAUAAUUGUAGUAGUAAAAGACAAUCAUUACCACAAUUACAUUAUGAUAGACCAGUUAGAAUAUGUAAUAGAUGUUCAGACUUGGCGCAUUACUCAAAGUUGGCGUUGUCAGACGAUGUGAUGCAGCGGAUAGAGUCGUCGAAAGGAUUUUGCAAUAUGUCGUUGGAUGCGCUCGGUCGCAAGAUGAUUAUCACCAAUUUCCUCGAGGUGAUGCUAACGCUGUUGUCGCGAUUCGAAACGUCGGUCUAUCGGCACACGACUCGCGCCAUUGCCAAUCUCGCCGAGAACGAGAUCAAUCGUGUCGAUAUCAUUGAAUCGUCGAUCUUUGGUGCAUUCGUCGACUACAUGUUGAAUCCACACGACGACGACCACCAGAUCAUCUUGAAUAUAUACAUCACUGGCCGACCGGUGUAUGCCCGUGCUGAUCGAGCUGGCGCGUUCCUACAACAACCAACUGAAACACUCGGCAUCGAUCAUCCUACUCAAUCUUACAAAGAACACACUCACCAGAGAUCAGGCGAUACGCGGUGGCAUCAUACAACUAAAAAUCAAAGAAAAAUAGUUGAAGGUGGAUCACUGCCUCCUUUGAUAUUGAUGAUUAAUUCACCGGUGGAAAAAGUAAUAUUGUAUAGCGUGGCAUCACUUGCCAGUCUUUCAGAGAACAGCGACAAUCAGAUAUCGAUUGGACAGGUCGGUGGAGUUCGGCCAAUGAUCAAUCUACUACACUAUUCGAAUCAAGAUAAAAUACCAUUAUAUGCAGCAACAACACUCUAUUAUCUUUCACUUUGUCAAACCAACUUUACUUUAUUAUUACAACAAGAACUUUUCGAUACUUUGUCUAAAAUCAUUAUUGUCAAUUAUACCAAUACAUCACAUGAAUUAUUAUUGUUAGCACUCAAAAUAUUAGGAAAUCUAUCAUCAGAAUCAAGCACUGAUGAACAUUUUAAGAAUAAUGGUACACUCUACAAACAAACUGCAGUCAUUCUCUUUGGUCAUUUUUAA